AUGGCUCCUAAAAGCGAUUGGAAAGAAGAAGCUCAAGAACGUGCAGAAGAGAGAAAAACCCAUGUUAGUUUUCCACAGUUAAAAUACCCUUCUUUAAGAGAUGAAGGAUUAAAAGACUCCGUACAAUGGAUUACUGGUAAAGCUUUGGACGAUAACGCAGAAGGCUUAUGGAGAGUUCAUGAUAAGUUGUAUGACUUAUCAAGUUUCAUGAAGAGCCAUCCCGGUGGUGAAGAAUGGCUAGAAUUAACCAAGGGUACCGACAUCACUGAAGCCUUUGAGUCACACCAUUUGAACCCUACUACGGAAAAGAUUCUAAACAAAUUUUAUAUACGAGAUGCCAAAGGCCCACGAAAUUCUCCAUUUACCUUUCAUGAAGAUGGUUUUUAUAAAACACUUAAGAAGACGGUAUUUGAAGAAUUGAAAAACAUACCCAAAGAUGUUUCCAAAACAUCUGAAAGAAUAACUGACACUCUCUUUAUGACUGUAUUAGCUACAGCCUCUUUAUCAUGUUGGUUCGAAAGUUAUUGGCUGAGAACAUUUUUUUAUAUAAUUGCUUCAAUAUCAUUAGCUUUAUUAACAGUAACGUGUCAUAAUUAUAUACACCGCAAAACAAACUGGAGAAUGUAUCUCUUCAAUUUGAGUAUGUGGUCAUACAGAGACUUUAGGGUGUCUCAUGUUCUUUCUCAUCAUUUGUAUACAAAUACCCUAAUGGACGCCGAAAUAAGCUCUCUUGAACCUUUUCUCUUCUAUAAUCCCAGGAAAGACAAACCAUUUCACGCAAGAAUAGGAUUCAUUACGGAGCUAUUCUUAUUUCCAAUAUCAUUUUUAAUGAAUUUCGUCAAAAGAUUUCUCAGUAUAUUUCUUCGUGAAGGCUUUUUCAAAAGUCAUUACCGUUGGCACGAUGUAAUUGGAUUUUUGUUACCGCUUUGUAUGUGGUUAAUAAGUGGAAGUUCCUUCUAUUAUGUACUGUACACAUGGCUUUGGAUCAAUUGCACUGCUAGUCUUAUUUUCUUCCUUAUUGCUGUAAAUGCUGCUCACCAUCACCCUGACGCGAUCAAAGAUGGUGAUCAACCGAGAAAUCCAACACCGGAUUGGGGCGAACAUCAAGUAGAAGCACUGCUAGAUAGGAAAGACAUUAACAACAGCACCUUUGCUGUGCUGACCAUGUUUGGAGAUCAUGCAUUGCAUCACAUGUUUCCAACAAUUGAUCACUCUAUCCUCAAACACCUUCACCCAACAUUUAUUCAACUAUGUGAAAAGUUUCAGGCCAAUUAUCGAGUGUCAACACAAUUUAAAAUGGUUAUUGGACAGAUAAAAGAGACUAUGCGAACUGAAUUUAAAACGAUCGACAAAAACUAA